CUCUUUCUUUUUCAGCUUCACUCUCUCUUUUCUCAGCUCUACUCUUCUCUUUUUUCAGCUCCACUCUUCUCUUUUCUCAGCUUCUACAUCCUUCUCUUUUCUCAGCUUCUACGCUCUUCUCCAUAUUUAAAGCGUCAGAAAUGCAUGGAGGAAUAUAUAGAAUGUAUAGUUCUCCGUAUGAAACCACAGAGGAAACGUCUGACGGAGAAGAACCGCAAAUUGUCACAGUGGAUGAAAACAAACAAAAAUGGUCUCAAAUGUCCUUUAAACUAGCGGUGAAUAGUUCGGCGUACACUUUUAUUAUGUCAGUUAAAACACGAUGUAUAGGAGAUAGCAAAGUACUGGUUCAUUGCGUCUGUCAGACGUCUUUCAAUAGGGUGUUCUCGUUGUGGAGGCACGCCAGGUCUGCCUGCCCUCUUAUUCAGGCUACUUUUGCUAAAAUACUUGAUACAAGUGAGGACUACGUUAGCGAAGCAUGCAAGAUAUCAUUUGUUGGCUCCGAAAAACUGGCAACAGUCACCAUUCCCGCCAAGAUAACUACAGUCACCACUCCCACCACGCUAGCUACAGUCACCACACCCGCCACACUAACUACAUCCACCACUCCUCCCGUCACGCUAUCUGCGCCAGUCAAUCGCGCCGCUCGCGCCAAUUUAGCUAGUCUCGCCGCUGAAGAGGGAACUUUUAUUUCCAGUAAAAAGUUGGACACACUUAUCGAAUACAUGGAGAAGCAGAAUAAAUACAUGGAGAAUCAGAAUAAAUAUAUGGAGGAGCAGAAGAAGAGCACUUCCGAAAUUAAAAAUCUACUGAAGGCCAUAGUAGACUUGCAGAAAGGCAGUGAUGGUAACAUUGUGUACAUCAAUUUAUUUUUUUUUCUUCUUUUUUCUUUUUUAUUAAUGAUAACAUUGAUAAAAACCGACUAUAUAGAUAUUAAAAAACGUGUAAAUGUCGGUUCAGUGGAGCGAGCCGCUAUCAGGGCUGAACGGACAAAUAUAUACUCUUACUUGGACAAAGGGCAAACGGCCCAAAAAGUAAUUGGCAAAUUGAGUGAUGAGAUAAGUUUCUCUACCCGAGAUCGCUUCCAAUUGAGAGAUAAAAUCGAAAAAUUUUCUGACCAAAGGACAGGAGAGAACCAAGGCUUACAGCGACAAUUGAUCAGACUUAAAGAGGACAUGGAUUAUCUGUACGAGCAUUUAAAGAUUGACCAACCGAGCAACAAGCGUAUACGAACAAAGUAUGAGCCAGAAACACCCGAUAUUUCAUUUGAAAAUGACCAGGAAUAAAAGAGAAUGGAUCUCACAAAUAAAUUUAUACAUUUUUAUACAUCGAA